AUGGCCCCGACUGUGGACAGAAAUGCCAUCCCCGGCACAGUGACCCUUGUAGAUCUGCAACAUGUUCUGGCGACCCGCCACCUGGACAAAGGUGACAGCGACAUCGUUCUUAUCCCAGAGCCCUCGGAUGAUCCCGAUGAUCCGUUGAACUGGGCGCCUCGCCGGAAACUGCUUUCGACAAUUUGUGUCAGCGUAUAUACCCUGUUCGCGGGAAUCGCAUGUUCGGUCGUAUACUCGGUGCUCACUCAGCUGUCGGAUGCUACGGGCGUCUCUGUUUCGACCUUGAACGAGGGCACUGGGUAUAUGUUUUUAUUCGCGGGCUGGGGGCUGCUGUUUUGGCAGCCAUUGGCUUUACAAUACGGCAAACGCUUGACAUAUAUUUUGUCACUGGUUGGGAUUUUGGGCACUUCAAUGUGGGGCCCGUACAUCCACACCAACGGCCAGUGGAUCGCGCGGAGCAUCAUAUCAGGCUUCUUCACUGCCCCGAUCGAAGCCCUGCCGGAGGUCACUGUCACGGACGUGUACUUCACCCACGAACGGGGCACCUACAUGGCCCUCUAUGCAUUCUUCCUGGCCGGGAGUAACUAUUUCGCCCCGGUGAUCUGCGGCUUCAUUGCGGAAUACCAAGGCUGGCAAUGGGUGUUUUACUGGCCCAGCAUUUUCUGUGGUGGUGCCAUUGUGUUUCUCUUCUUCUUCAUGGAGGAGACGAAUUACGUGCGCCAGCAUAGAACCGCGCCCGAGUCGCAAUUGACGUCUUCCGCACGGACGUCGGAACAGACCGAGAAGGAGAAGGCGCCCUCCGGACUGGUCCAGCAGGCUGACACGGAGUGCGGCGUCAUGUAUAAGAAGAAGAGCUAUGCCCAGAAGCUCUCGCUGCUGGGACCGCGACUGCCCCGAAACAACAUGUUCCGACGGCUGUGGCAGACGCUAUACUAUCUGAGCUGGCCGGUGAUUUUCUACGCAGGAUUCUCGUACGGGUCGUACCUGAUCUGGUUCAAUGUGCUCAAUGGUACUGCCUCGAUUAUUUUGGGUGGGGCUCCAUACAACUUCAGUUCGUCGAUGGUCGGUCUGAGCUAUCUAGCCUGUAUCCUGGGCGUGGUCUUUGCCUCGCUCUUGACCGGCCGGUUCAGCGACUGGCUCACCAUCCGCCUGGCGCGGCGCAACAACGGGGUCAUGGAGGCGGAGCAGCGGCUGUGGCCGUUUGCGAUCUGCCUGGUGCUCGUUCCCGGGUCGCUGCUGCUCUGGGGGGUGGGCGCCGCGCACCAGGUGCACUGGUUCGGGCUGAUCGUGGCCAUGUGUCUGCUGGCGAUGGCCAACACGUGUGGGAUCACGCUGAGCGUGAACUAUUUGGUAGAUAGCUACCGCGAGCUGAGCGGCGAUGCGAUGGCGACGGUGAUUCUGGUGCGGAACACGAUGUCGUUUGCCAUUGGAUACGGAAUCACGCCGUGGGUCGACAACCUGGGCUACCAGAACUGCUUCAUCUCGGCGGCGUUUGUGGGACUGGCCUGCGCCGCCGUGUUCCUGGUGAUGAUCAAAUGGGGCAAGAUGUUCCGGGAGCGCAGCCGCGAGAAGUACUGGGCGAUUGUGGUGGAGAACCAAGAGAAGGGGAUGGGACAUUAG